UUCAGCUGCAGCUGAGUGCGGAAAGCGUGGGGGAGGUGUAUAUAAAGAGUACCGAGACUGGCCAGUACUUGGCCAUGGACCCUGAGGGGCUUUUAUACGGCUCACAGACACCAGAUGAAGAAUGCUUGUUCCUGGAGAGGCUGGAGGAAAACCAUUACAACACCUACAUAUCCAAGAAACAUGCAGAGAAGAAUUGGUUUGUUGGUCUCAAGAAGAACGGAAGCUGCAAACGUGGGCCUCGGACUCACUACGGCCAGAAAGCAAUCCUGUUUCUCCCCUGCCAGUCUCCUCUGAUUAGAGAAAUCUGUUCUGGGUGCUAACCAAUCCCGAGGAGCCUCGAGGGGUCCUCACCUGGCCGAUCCCAAAAGCGUUCCCUUGACCAUUGGCUGCACUAGCCCCCAGCCCACAGAGCCUGAAUUUGUAAGCAAUGCGCUUCUAAUACCCAGUUCACUCUUUUCCAGAGCCCUUUACCCUGGCACAGUUUGGAACAGAGGGACCAAAUUGCUUCUAGGGGUCAACUGGCUGGCUAGUCUUGGUCUGGGUUAGGAUGCCCAGUUGCCUUGAGGCACCUGCUACAGACGAGCCUCUCAAUGCAAAGAUGGAGCCAAGUGAAGUGUGCUGAGGAGUCUGCCGAGUGGGUGUUUAGUAAGUGCGUACCAUUUCCCCUGCUGAGUAAACCCUGGCUUCAAGUCCCCAAACAUCUGGCAUGACUACCUUUUUCCGUCAGUACCCCCCAAAUACCAACAGAGAAGUAGGCAGAGAUUCCAUGAAAGAAGCAGGGAUGGAGAAAUCCCCCCUCAAGCACAUAAGGGAUUUCACAUGGAAAGGGAGUUACAUUUUGAUGGACAACUUAGAAGGAUGAGGUCUUGGUACAGAAUAAGUGAAGAUGGGGGCGGUGGAAGCUCAGCCACAGGGAAGCAGAAUGAAUCUGCAGUUGUUACUAGGCCUUGACCUCCCCAAGCUUAUCUAGCAGCAGGAAGCCUCUGAGGUCAGGGGAGACCCCUAGAUGUGGUUUCUUGAUAAAAGCAAGGACAUUAGAGGUUGGGAAGUUCACCUGGGUCUGGGGAGUGGGGUGAUGAGCAAGAAAGGGUACCAUCAGCCGUGGGGAUGCUGACCUCUAAAAAGGGUGAUUUGAGGAGCAAGGAGGAAAGGAAAAGUGUCGCCAUGACACUUGCAUGCUCACCAAUUAACAGGGGCUUUGGAGUGCCCCCCAGCCCUUAUGUUCCUACAGAACAUAUGAGGGUCUGGUUAUGAAUACAGAGCCUGACUCAGCGGGGCUGGAGUAGGGUCUCUACAUUUCCCAGGGGCUCCCAGGUCCUUUAGAUGCUGCUGUCAUUCCUCCACCACAAUUUCAGCAGCAGAUCCUAAAGAAUGCUAUUCAAGGUGGCUUAAUCCCCAGACCCUCACCUGCUCAGCCUCACCUUAAACAUGCACACCCAGGCAUCUCCCAGGUCAUCCAGCAGCAGCCAUAGUAGGUAGUUAUGCCUGUAUAAAGGAAUGUGGUUUUAAGGUGCUUUGACCCAAUGCAUAUAAAAUACCCACUUUGAAGACAGACAAAUGUGUACUUCAAAAAAUGUUAAACCCUCCCAGACAGCUUUUUUCAAGAGACCAUUUCUGUUACCAUUACUUGUAUAAAUAGGCUUCCUGCUUAAAAUAAACUUGACCCAAGUGGCUAGCAACUCAGAAACACCAUUCAUCUCUGACAUAGGAUACUGAGGCCAUAUAAAGGCCUUUAAUAAGCCAUUUAAAUUUACUGUGAGACUGUAUGUUUUAAUCACAUUUAAAAGUAUAUAGCUUGAGGCAUUAAAUUGAUUAGCAUUCAGCCAUUAAGACUGACGAUAAUUAUCAGCUAAGCCAUAUAAGCUACUCAGUUAUCUAAUACUUACACCACAUUUACUCGUGAGGUUUUUCUAUGUCUUCUACUGUGCUGAUAUAAGUUUUUGUUUGAAAAUUGGGAGUUU